UUAAACCUUGAAGGAUAACCCAAAGAAGACAAUGUCUACUAGUGGUGACCUUGGACGGUUAUAGAAACUGAUUCCUUGUUCGAGUCAUUUCAAGUCCAAGUUUCUAGCUAACAUCAUAGAAUAAAUUCUCUAAAGAAUCAGAAAGAAAUAGAAUAAGUUUGAAAGAAAAUCUUUGCAAGAUACAAGCAGCAGCACAAGAGAGCCCCUGGUUUACAACUUCUAAGAAUUAACUAUUAAAAAAUCUCUCUCUAUCUCUCUCUCUCUCUGUUUAGCAUAAAAUAUGGGUUUAAAUCAGACAAAAUAAAUGCUUUGGACCUCAGAAGAAAGAGACCACAAAGUUUAUAAUUUCUUUUUGUUUCUCCAAAUUCACAUCACAUGCUUCUCUCUCAUUUGGCCAAACUCUUCUCUUAGCUGCCUAUUUAAGCACUUCCAACGCCUUCUUCCCCUUCCACACAUUCAGCUUUCUCCAUCUUAAAGAAAAGUACACUAUAUUCUAUUCUAUUCUCUUCGACCCCCAUUUAAAUUUAUCCUCUUUUUCUUUCUAUCCAUCCCUGUUAACAACACACACAAAUACUAUUAUGACUCAUAACAGUACUUGUAUCAGUAUCCCUCCAUUGGCUCACACCAUUGAUGAUGGCUUCUUUGAUCAUCGGUGUAUAUGGGUCAAUGGACCGGUGAUUGUCGGAGCAGGACCAUCUGGGUUGUCCGUGGCUGCAGCUCUCAAACAACAAGGCGUCCCAUUCGUUGUCGUUGACCGAGCUGACUGCAUUGCCUCUCUUUGGCAACACAGGACCUAUGAUCGUCUCAAACUUCACCUUCCAAAGCAAUUCUGUCAACUUCCUAACUUCCCUUUCCCAGAGGAGUUUCCUGCUUACCCUUCCAAGUUUCAGUUCAUUUCCUACUUGGAAUCCUAUGCCAACCAUUUUGAUAUCACCCCACGUUUCAAUGAGACUGUGCAGUCAGCCAAGUAUGAUGAAACUUUUGGUCUGUGGCGAGUCAAAACCGUUUCGUUGAGUCCAAAGCCAACCGAGGUUGAGUACAUUUGUCGGUGGCUGGUCGUCGCCACCGGCGAGAAUUCUGAGAAGGUUGUGCCAGAGUUUGAAGGGAUGGAGGAGUUUGGUGGCCAUGUUAUGCAUGCUUGUGACUACAAAUCUGGCGAGGCUUACCAUGGCAAACGGGUGCUUGUUGUCGGAUGUGGGAACUCCGGCAUGGAAAUCUCACUUGAUCUUUGUAACCAUGACGCCAAGCCAUCAAUGGUGGUACGAAGUUCGGUUCACGUAUUGCCAAGAGAAAUACUUGGAAAAUCAACUUUUGAAGUAGCAAUUUCCCUGAUGAAAUGGCUGCCACUUCAUAUGGUCGACAAGAUGCUCCUGAUCGUUGCCAGACUUGUUCUUGGGAACACUGAGAAGUAUGGACUUAAAAGGCCAUCUACAGGGCCUUUGCAGCUGAAAAACGCUGCUGGGAAGACACCAGUGUUAGAUAUUGGAGCGCUACAGAAGAUAAGAGCAGGAGAGAUCAAGGUGGUGACCGGAAUCAAAAAAUUCCGACAAAGAGCAGUGGAGCUGGUCAAUGGAGAAGUUCUAGAGAUUGAUUCUGUAAUUCUAGCUACUGGCUACCGCAGCAAUGUUCCAUCUUGGCUCAAGGAAAAUGAGUUCUUUUCCAGUGAUGGGAUUCCAAAAAGUCCAUUCCCAAAUGGGUGGAAAGGCAAAGCAGGACUCUACGCAGUUGGGUUCACAAGAAGAGGCCUAUCAGGAGCUUCAUUGGACGCCAUUAAUGUAGCUCAGGACAUUGCCAAGAGUUGGAAAGAAGAAACAAAACAGAAGAGAAAAUCUGUAGCAGCUCGCCAUAGAAGAUGCAUUUCACAUUUCUAAUAUAAAAGUGUUGGGUUCAUCUUGUGAAGAACAGUAAACCAACAACAAAAACAAAACAGAAACAAAAGAAACACAUUAGCAGAGCCCUCCUCCCCCUACGAAUUCCUUUCUGUAUAAAGGAAGAUGAGGCUUAUUGUUUUUCUCCUUACUGUCCUAUUGACUAUCUCUUUCUGGAUCUACCUUGUUGUAAUUGUAAACUUUCUUUCCUCUCUCUGUUGUAAAUCCAACACAACCUGACCCACCUAGGAAAUGAUAAUAAAUGGCAUUUAAUGGGCUCCACAGUGGAUCCACAAUGGGUCCGUUUACAAAAAUGUGGCCCCUCAGGUCCAUGAUUCCCCCCAACAUAACAAAUCUCCACUAAGGGA